GCAGCCUCGGCACGAGCAGCAGAGCGCGUCCCGAUCCCGAUCCCUGUCCCGCUCCCGAUCCUUGUCCCGAUCCCGAGCCUUGCUCUGCUCAGCACCCGGGGCAGCACCAUGGCCUCCCGCCUCUUCCUGCCUCUGCUGCUGCUGCUGGCUGCCAUCCUCAUCUUCAGCCAGGCUCAAGGCAUUGGAAGCUCAGCUUCGGACUGCUGCCUGAAGCACAGCAAGAAAGACAUCCGCGUUGCCGUUCUGAAAUCCUACCGCCUGCAGGGACCCGAGUCGGGGUGCAUGCUGCGUGCUGUUGUGUUCAUCACCAAGAGGAACAAGAAAAUCUGUGCCUCUCCCACCGAUGCCACUGUCCAGAAGCAGAUGAAGUUCUUGGACGAGAAGGCCAAGAAGGGACAGCCCCGGCGCCCCAGGGACAGAUCCAAGAAGCAGAGGCGACCACGGGUCUAAGUCAGAACUGAAGAGGACGGAUGCCUUCCCACAGGUGACUGACCCACGGCCCGGCAAUGGCGAUGGAAAUCCACAAAAACCACACACCCACCCACCCGCCACCCCCAGGGCGGGGAUGGGGCACGCUGGGGAGGAUUCCCUCUGCCCCAGAACCUCUUUUUUUGCUGCUAUGCCUGACACAGAGAUCCCCCRGCACCUGCAGUGCCUGGGGGCUCUCAGCAAAGCAGGUGCCCAGGUCUUCACCUGUCCCACGGGAAAAGAGGAGAGGACCUGGGCCUGGAGCUGAGCCAUGGCUUCCCACCCAAGGGGAGUUCUUUAGCCUAGCAGGAUGGCUGCUUUUCCUAUGACUCUUUUUUUUUUUUUUUUUGCGGGGAUAUUACACAUUUGUAUUUAUAUUUGAAAACUGUGCUUUCAUUCAGUCUUCCUGAAAGGUUUUACUUCUGUCUCCUUGUGCUUCACCAAAUAGCYUUUAUGCUGCAGGCUGGAUUUUCUGAAAGAUUUCUCUUAUUUUUCUAAUAAACCAUAGCUGCAUUUUGUUUUCCUCUCAUCUAUUUGCUCCUUUUUGGCUUGCAAGGCCGUGGGGUACCAGGCAGGUCCCAAGUCCCAUAGUCCUGCUUGAGCUGCUUGCUGGGUGCUUCUUUGYAGAGCAAUUAACAGUGGCUGAGAUGGAGAGUUUUGGGGUGACUGUGGCUCUCUUUGGGCUAUUCUAAUCUUUCAGUUKUUAUGGUGCACUGUUGCAUUGUAGUUCCGAUACAAAUAGCCACAAUCUGUCCCUUUUUUAUAUUUCCUUUUUUAGGUACAGCAUUUCCAUGAAAUCAGAAGUAAUUUUUCAAUUUAGUGGAAUUAUACCCUUUUAGCUCCCCUGGCUACAAAAUUGCAGUGGAGUCAGAACAAAUUGUUCGUUUUAGUAGAAUUUUACCCUUUUAUUUCCCCUGGCUUUGCUUGUGUCAGGGAUUCAGGCACUAUUAAGACAAAUGCUUCGUUUUCUGGGAAAAAAAAAAAAUCCAGAAACUCUCUUAUACUUACUUACCAAAUCUGAAAAGCCCACAUGAUGAAAAUGCAUGUGGGGCUGUGAGRGUGGGGGAAUAGAAGAUUUCGCAACAUUUAUCGUAGACAUCUUGCAACCAUUUGAGAGCAGCUCUAUCUCAAACCUUUAGUGAGAGAAGUCACUAACCAGAGGACACCUUUAGGUGACAYUGCAAGUAGAGGUGGGACAGACCCCUGGUACAGGACUGGAGGGRAAAUGGCAUCUCUCUACUCUUGCCACCCACCCUCCCCAGCACGCUGAGAAGGAGCAAAUUGAACAGAUGUUCUGCAGCUGCACUGCUAUCUGCUUGCAGAGAUUUCCAAUGUGGACUUUGGUCAGUAAAGGUCUAUUAAGUCAUAUAAAUGCAAUAAUAGGAUUUGCAUAGCUUAGCAGUAUCGGCACGGGCUGUGUGUUUGCUGGAGCAAAGCUUGCAGCUGAGUGUUUCCACCAAGUAUGUUUAUCUGGCUUGACCGCUUUAUUGAGAGGGCAUUUAGGUCUAUUAUUUCGAGGCUGUGUACAGUAACUGUGAAGCCCAGGAUGCCGGCCCUGAGCACGGGACGGGCUCUGAGCUGUCUCCUUGCUGCCGCCUCCUCCACACGGAGCACGCGGCCGUCUGCCAGGCCGGCUUUUGGACAGGAUGUGUAGCAAUAAAAUGUAUUCUUUAUAACCAAA